CUUCCCUCCCAGCCAAUGGGGGGAGAGCCUUGCUGUCCUGGUCCCGCCCCUGCCAGCAGCUCCUGCCGGAAGAUGGCGGCGGCCGCGGAGUUGACGCUGUUGGAGAAGUCCCUGGGGCUGAGUAAGGGGAACAAAUACAGCGCUCAGGGCGAGCGCCAGAUUCCAGUUCUUCAGACAAACAAUGGUCCGAGUCUAACAGGACUGACAACUAUAGCAGCUCAUCUUGUCAAGCAGGCCAACAAAGAAUAUUUGCUUGGGAGCACUGCAGAAGAAAAAGCGAUCGUUCAGCAGUGGUUGGAAUACAGGGUAACUCGAGUAGAUGGACACUCCAAUAAAGAUGAUAUCCGCACUCUGUUGAAGGAUCUUAAUUCGUAUCUUGAAGAUAAAGUGUACCUUACAGGAUAUAACUUUACCUUAGCAGAUAUCCUAUUGUACUACGGACUUCAUCGCUUUAUACUCUCCAGCUCUUAGCACAAUGCAUCAUGCAACCAAAUGCUUACCGAGAUCAGCAGGACUUUGCAGUCUCUCCCUCCUGUAUUUCCUGUUUCAGGUUGUAGAUCAUUGUAAUGCUAUCUUUAGUUUUAUACUUCAGUAUGAUUAACUCUAAAAUCAUCUUAUUUGAAUGUGAAGACAGUUCAAGUAGAGCUGAUAUAAUCUGAUCGAACCAGCCUCCUUUUAUUCCAUUCUAGAUUCAACAUAUUUUAGUCACUUUUUUGAAUGUAGAAUGGUGACAUGGCACGUUUUAACCUCAUUUUAAAAUGCAAAAGCCUCCAAACUAAGAGUUUGCUGUUAUGAUAUCUACAUAUUUUCAUCCUGGUGACACACCUAGGAGGUAUCCAUAACCUGACUUAGAGCGUCCACUGUUAAAAGCAUGGCUACUUUCUAGGGGAGCUUAAAAAAAACUUAUAUCUAACAACGGCACCCUUGGAGACAUCUUUAAAACAUUUAAAUGUGGCAUUACUUAGUUUUAAAGCUUGCAUUAGGAGAAAUGUCAUCUCUAAUCCUAUGUAUGAUGCUGUCAGCCGGCUAGUGAAGGCCUGUUGGGACCUUCACAAGGCCUGGCUUCUUGUGACAUUGAACUCCUAUUAAGAAG